AUGACCUCUAUAAACCAUUAUAAGAAUUUGCUGAUACUGACCAUUCUCUCACUGACGAUGCUACUAAAAGAGCCUUGGAUGGCAUUGAGUCCAAGCUUGUUAGCCUUGAGUGAGAGUGUUAAGAAAGCCGUUAAGAAUGCUUUAGAUAUCCUUACUGAACGGCAAAAAAAGUGUAAAAACUUUCAAAAUGAUAUUCAUAAUAAUCUUGAUUGUCAAGAUCCUUCGAAUUGUCAGAGCAUCAAGGAGAAGAUAGAGAAACUUGAGAACUUUAAAAAAGCAAAUGAAAGCAACACAAAUUAUCCACAUGAUUUGCUUAAUAACCUAUGCACUGGCCUCGAAACCUUCCUCGGCUUCAACUCUGACUCCAAAGGCUACGAUGGCGGUGGGAUUGUGUACUCUGACCUGGAUAGGCUGUGUGACGGGGUGAUGGGAUUUUUGAGUGGCGUUCUCAGUAACAUCAAAGAGCAUUUAGGGCAGCAUAAAGAUACUUUGAAUGAUGCAAUUGAGAGUCUUAACACCAAUAAACACGCCGGUAAAAAAGGUUUUAAUGAUGCGAUUGUAAAGGUGGUCGAAGGGGUGGGGAGGUAUAAUGAUGGUGUCAGAAAUUCCAGCAACCAUGUCAAGAACAAAAUAACAGAUUUCGACAGAGAGAUGAAGAGACUCAAAAAAACGGUAAGUGGAAUUGUACAAAAUAAUCCUGUUGCAGAUGAGACUUUGAAAUAUCAACAAGCUGCGGAAGAGAUCGAGAGGCGUUUGGCAGAAUAUGAAAAGAGAGCCGCCGACUUUAAUAAUACUUUAGACAUGCAGCAUAAUGAUGAAACAACUAGAAACGCAAUUAAUGAUCUUAGUGAUAAAUUACGUGAUAGAAUAGAUAAUGUACGUAGGACCAUGGUGCAUGAGAAAAGCAGGUUGAGUGAGUUGGCAGCGAAGGAGAAGGAGCGCUUUCAGAGCUUGGAGGCGUGUAUUAACACAACGUUAGUAGGUGUUGGUGCGUGUGUCAAUCGCGAAAUCGGUAAUAAAGUGAAGGAGUUGAUCCGCGAUUUGAGGCAGAUGGUGCAGAAGAUGUUCGUGCAGCUCGAGAAGAUCAACAAAGAGCUGCCGCAGUUUGUUGAACGGUUGCAAGCAUGGAUUCAGAAGGCAGAUGGAGAUGUGGGCAAGACGGAAGGCGAAGUGAAAAAAAUACUGGAGCAAGUUAACGACGGUCUGACGAGUAACAAGAUACCAAUUGAUGAUGCCAUUAAGGAGUUGGAGAAGACCAAGAUUGCGCUUGAGACGUAUAUUAGUGGUGAGAAAAGUGGACUGACAGGGUUUGUGAAUAACGUUAACGAGGCGAUUGGAAGGCUCUACAAUAAGGUGACGGGUGACACUGGGCCGGUGGAUAAGAGUAAGACUAUGGAGGAGAUUAUGCAACAUAUAAAAAAGGAAGUUGAAUUCAUUAGAAAGAUGGUUGGGAGUGAAAUGGAGGCGAAUAAAAAUGAUUCUGGAAGUGUGGACAAUAAUUGGGAUGCACUGAAAAGUAAAAUAAUGACAACGGCUGCACAGAUUCAUAAUAAGAAGGACAGCUCAAAUCCUGGUUAUCUCGGUAAUAUGGAGAAAGGUGUGACAGCGUAUGCGGCAUUGUUUAGGAAAGGGGAGGACAAAUUUGGAAAAAUAGUGGAGGAAUGGAUUGGUGAAAUAGUCGAAAAAGAACCAGUGAAGGAUUUACUUAAUUUGUAUUUCGAGCAGAACAGAGGUGCGGGUUACUUCAAUGGCCGCUGGAAAAAUAAAAACUCUCAAGCGUUACGUGGACAUGUCAUACCACAUCUCAAGCAGCAUAUCAAAGAUGCUGCUAAUAAGAUCCAGCCCAACAUUAAUAUCGAUGAAACAAUGAACGUGGAAGAUAGGCUGUCAUACAUUGUAGGGUAUUUGAAAAAAUUUGCGGAUGAAAUAGUUAAGCAGCCUAGUGAUAUCGCUUCAAAGGUUGCAGCUUCCGUAGGAGCUCAGCAUGAGUUGGUACAGUUUGGUAACACGGCGGGUCAUAAAAAAUAUAAUCUUGAACUCACUGUCCAAGUAACACUGGCAGCUCUGGCAUUUAUUGCCAAAAAUGUUGCCAACCAACUCGAAUCAUUUGCAAUCACUAAGACAAAACUUACUACUAACUUGCCGGUAGCUAUUAAACAGGUCGAUUUAAUCGCUGAACAAUUUGAUCUUGGCACUACUCUAGGCGGUAAAAUUCAAACAGCUCUCGACGGUGUAAAACCGAAAAUUAAGAUGCUCCACGAUAAUUUUGGCCAGGUGUUCCAAAACAGCGCGGGCGACGAUCCAGAUUACGCCAAAGCCGUCGACGUGGCCAUAAAAACUGUUCAAUCUGGAAUUGAAGCCAUGAACGUAGAUACAAUCAAAGGCGCCCUCGCAGAUUGGACCCACCAAAUUAAGGCCAAUUUUGCCGCGCUCACAGGCGAAAUCUCAGUUGUCAGUAGGGGCAUCAGUACGCAAUUGGCUCAACUCAAAAAGUACAUAUCCCUAAGUAACGGUGGCAAUGGCCUUCAAAAAAUCCAUGAUGAUCUUCACAACCUAAUAGGCCCGGUAGCAGAUGCACACAAGACGGCCAAAAAAUUCCUCGGAAGUGUGGAUCACUCCGGUACCGCCACCAUCCAGGAACUAGGAAGAGACGUCGAUUCACAAGUGGAGAGCGCUAAGAGGACUUUAAUCACACAAGCCAGAAAGCAGUACGUAACAUCUCUACAGGGUCUGCUCGUGGCUUUUUCAACGAAAGCUGAGGCGGAAUUACAUCCGCUGCCUGGCUUGAUCGAUGAAGAGUUGGACUUGGGCGUUAAAGGACUCCUAAACACCAUGAGCAAAAAAAUUACCACUUUGGCAAAUCUGGCAAGAGAAGAUAACAAAGCAAAAUUAACCGGCGCAUGUCCUAUCAUCGAGGAGUAUUUUAGUGGCAUAUAUACAUACAUCAGAAGCCAAAUCGAUGACCCGGAACAUCUCCAUCGCCUGCUUAGUCACCUGCAUCUCUACGUUGACCCGCUCCUGGAGUCUCUUGCCAUUCACAAUUUUGAUCACAGGUUUACCAAAAACCUCGACGAGCUGCUAAAAUACGUUGAUCAGAUGCGACCCAGAUCCCUUGCCGAGCCGUCCAAUCCGUUAGCAGAGGCGCUCAAAGAGGGUUUGACGGUGUUUGGCGGUGAACUUGGUAAAGCCUACGUCUCUGUCUACGACGGCGCCAGCAGUAUCAACUGGGAUCAGGAGAAUAACCCGGAGACUACAUACUGCGCUAAAAUAUUCCUCACGCUUCUACAGCCGCUCUUCGACGGUUUGCAUGAGCUUCGGCAACACUGCGCAAUCAAAGCUGCCUGGGAGCACAAAGCAAUUUCGCUAACCGAAGCUGCGCAACACGGUAAUACAAUCACCAAUCCACUCGGAAGGUUUUUCCAGCGCUGCGGUUACACUGUCUGCUCAGGCCCGAACAAGCAUAACGGCGAGCUGCGGAAUACGGCGGAGUGCAGGGGCGGACAUAUUAACCAGAAGUUGAUAGCCGAGAUGCCACCACAAGGGACUACCAAAUAUAAACUUGUCACCAAAGAGGACGUGCAGGACGCCGUUUUGCAUAGACAACCGCAGACGGACGACGCAGCCAGUGCAAAGCAGUAUGGCAUCCUGAAGCAGCUCGUCAACCACCUCCACGCUUACUACAGCGUAUGUCAUCUACCGCAUUUCGCCGCGAGGAAAUAUCCGUGCUCCGUAUUUGACAUGCUCAAGUGGCUGUGCGGCCUCACUUCCAGUACCGUCUACAAUGACCUAACAGUCAACGGCUUCGAUGUGCUGUUUGAGAAGGACGAAAAGGAGACGGAAGCUGUAACUGAUUUCGUUGUUGUAGAAGAGAAGCCUGCGUCCUUGCCCGCAUAUCCGUAUGACAUCACUUCUCGUAAAUUAAGCGGUGAACUGGCGGAGGUUUGCCACUACUCCCAGGACGUGCUCACCUGUCUGCUUGGCAAUGGUCACGCUGAUGGCAUCUACGCUUGUGAGUUCAAUACUAACAACGACGGGUUCAUGUAUCCCGGUAAUAUAGACACGUUAUUGUGUAUGUUGCGUGAAAUUCUCAACCGUGUCUACCUGCAGCUGCACUUCCUAUUCCAACAGUGUCAGUACGGCACUUCGCUGAGUGGUUGGCUGGAAUGUGAGUACGGUAGAGACGUCGGCGGCUCGUCAUGGCAGUGCAACACAAACCAAUGUGCUGACCAAAAGUGUAAGCAAAUAGCUGACCAAAAGAGGAACCAAAACUGUAAGCUACACCCCAAGUGCGGAGUGAAAUCGCCACUCCAGUCGUUCUUGGAGGACGGCCUCCAGGGCUUCUUACCGCAUCAAAUCAAAUAUGAAAAAGGCAAACUGGAGUGCAAUGUUAAAGGUCAUUCUGGUAUACAGUGCGUCACGCCGAUGGGCUUUGCAGACAUCAGUCACGUUGCUUCCCUUACGCAAACAGGCCAACGCAUCGCGGAUGUGCUUGCUGGCUUCUGCGGCAAUCAGAUGUCUCCUCUGGCUAAGAUGUGCAGUCUAUUGAAUUGCGCUAUUCUCAGUGCGCCGAAAACACUGGGUGAGAUGUUUGGUUUCUAUUAUACUUUACUCAACGGGUGGGAUAGAGACGACAAGAAUCGGAAGGCGCACAGGGAAGAUGCUUACAGAAAUGCCGUCAAGAAUGCUAACUUCGGAGAUCCCAGCACAGAGUUGGACAUCUCUCAACUGUUCAAGAGCACUGCGCAUACAGGCACCUCAACUACUCACGCCAAAGGAGACCUGUUCAUGCUUGUCAAAUGCAACGGUGAGAAAGCAGCACUGGACCCCGUCGGCACGUGCGGGUCAUACCUCCAACCUCUCUGCGGGGACAUUUGUAACAUGUAUUCAAAGGAACACGCUGACAAAUAUUUAUCGUGGAUUGUCUACCUCACGGAGACGUUCUAUGAUCUGCUCUCUAAACUGCUUGAAGAUUGCAAGAGCAAGUGCGGCUCACCAAAGUCCAGAUAUCAACAGCAGACGUGCGUCAAGAAUUGCCGCGCCGUUGUUUCUUCUACUAAAAGCCCAUCACUCAAUCACGAUGAGGCCUGCAAAUCAAUAGUACAAUGCCAAUCAUCGCUUCCCAACUUAUUCAAAUAUGGCUUCUAUUAUGGAAGUGCGUCGGAUCUCAGCGGGUCGUAUAACAAUGCGACGAAACGAUCCUGCAAAGAUUUCUGCAAGGCCCUAGAAAGGGUACUAAACAAAGAAGAAAACCGCGGGCACGUACUUGCCGAUUUGGUUUUUAAAAAACUUCCGGAUUUCCUAUUCACCAUCAGACAGCCGUUUAUAUGGAUGAACAUGGCGCUCUGGUCACUGUCCCUCUUCUACCUGCUCUGCGUAAUGGUUGGCAGACUGGAUGUGCUCCACAUACGCUCACACCUGAGGAUACCGUCGUCGCACAGGAUAACGGCGCAAUCACUGUUGGCGGCAGCGCAAGUCGGAAGGCUUGCCAAGAUAUCGUACCUACAACCAUAA